AUGUCAGCAGCUAAUUCUACUUUGAAAAUGGACACAUCCAUGAACGAACAAUCUUCCAACACUAAUGAGAUCUAUCAAGAUGUUGAUGAAUACAAUGAAGAUGAAGAAUCAUCGAUAGAUUCAACUCCAGUUUCACCUCCGCCACCUGCUCGCAAACAGUCAUGGAGGGAAAUCUUCAUGUUGUCAUUUUCUUCAUUAGGUGCAAUAUAUGGUGACUUGGGCACGUCUCCGUUAUACACCAUGAACUCGAUCAAGUAUUCUCAAUCACCACCAAAUAAGGAUGAUGUAUAUGGUGGUGUGUCAAUCAUCUUUUAUGUAUUCACUAUAAUUGUCAUUUUCAAAUAUGUUUGUAUUGUGUUGGUAUUUGGUCCCAAUAAUGGCGAAGGUGGUCAAGUGGCAAUAUAUGCUAAAAUUGCCCGGUUUUUGAAAAUCGGGCCCAAGGGAGUUGUUAUACCAGGAAAGACCGAGGGUGGGGAGUUGGAUGAUCUGGAUUUAAAAGUGCUUGCAAGACAAGACACGUCGAUGUCAACUGAUACAUUACAUUCAAGAAUUGAGCAGAUCAAGCAACAUCCAGUAUUGAUUAAAAUUUUGAAAUUGUUCAUUCUUGGUGCUUGUUUCUUUGGUUGUUCUUUGGUUAUGUCGGAUGGUUUAUUAACUCCAACAACUUCAGUACUAAGUGCCAUCGGUGGUAUUCAAAUCGCUGUGCCUAGUUUCAACAGUGUCCUUGCAGUUUCCGAAGUCAUUUUGGUUGUCCUAUUUCUUAUUCAACAAUUUGGUUCAACAAAGAUCAGCUUCACAUUUGCACCAAUUAUUUGUAUUUGGAUGUUUGGGCUAAUCAUUUGUGGUAUUUACAAUAUUGUUGUUCACCAUCCAGGUAUAUUUGCUGCUUUAUCUCCUUACUACGCCAUCAAGAUAUUACGCAAUGGUGGGAUUGAUGUCUUUGGGGGUGCAAUGUUGGCCAUAACUGGUACUGAAGCCAUGUUUGCUGAUAUUGGCCAUUUUGGUAAGUUACCAAUUCAAUUGACAUUGAGUUUCUUUGUUUAUCCUGCAUUGAUCUUGUGUUACCUAGGACAAGGAGCUUAUUUGGUAAAACAUCCUGAUGCCGUUGUCAAUCCGUUCUUCAUUUCAUUGCCUGGUGGUACUGGAUCUGCUCCUUAUUGGAUCAUGUUUGUGCUUUCCACAUUAAGCAGUAUUAUUGCAUCACAAGCAUUGAUACUUUCAGUGUUUAGCAUCACUUCCCAAUUGAUCAACCUCGAUUGUUUUCCAAAGCUAAGGGUAGUCCAUGUAUCACAUCAAUAUGCUGGUAAAGUAUAUAUCCCCACUGUUAAUUGGAUGUUGAUGAUUGGUGUUGUAUGUACAGCUGCAGGUUUCAAAAAUAGCAACAAUGUCACUGCAGCCUAUGGAUUGGGUAUUUCGCUCGAUUUGAUUGUUACUUCAUCAUUGAUUGUCAUUUGCUUGUUUUAUGUUUACAACACCAACAUCUUUUGGCCCGUUGCAUUUGCCUUCGUAUUCAUCCCAUUGGAAGCUUGUUUAGUCAUUGCCAAUUUGAAGAAAGUACCCCAUGGAGCUUGGUUCCCGUUAAUGAUGGCAGUAUUAUUUAGUACAUUCCUCACGAUCUGGAGAUGGGCGAGAUCAAGAAAAGUUGAUCAAGAGAUCCAUCAACAAGUUAAAAUUGCCGACUUGUAUCCAUUUUUCCAAGCAAAAUCAGUGACAGUUGACCUUAGCGGUGACUUAGAUUUAAGCACCAGAGGUAGAUCAAGGGAAAGAGUGACUGUUAUUCCUCAGCCAGCUAGGAACCAAGUAAUAACCAAAUACGGAACCCAAGUAUUGCAAAAACACCUCGGUGUUGGAUUCAUGUAUGUUAACUCAUUGCUCACCAAUAGUCCAAACACUUUGCCUCAAUUAUACGCCAAAAUUAUUCAAAAUUUCGCAUCAAUACCCAAUAACUUGGUAUUUGUUGGAGUAAGAGUACUUUCCAUUCCUUAUGUGGUUGAUCACCAAAGAUUCGUUUUAGCACCAAUGAAAUUACCAGGUCACCAUAAAUGUAUUGUUCGAUUUGGAUUCAUGGAGGAGAUUCAAAUGAGUCAGGAAUUGAUCAAAUCUAUUAUGCAGCUGAUGCCCAUACCAGAAGUCGUUAUUGAUGAGUUACCAGUGAUUCAUUUCUUUGAAAACAAUGUAAUUCAAUGUCGUGAGUUUGAGCGUGAUGACCGAUGGGUAGUAAAUGUAGUGUUGAAGUUGAGACACGCGGUUAGGAAAUUAGUCGUGAAUUACCUUUUCAAUCCAUUGAUUCAAUUGACUCAUGAGUAUGAUAAUGGGGAUGAAGAGAUGGAACGAAUCUUGAUUGGUGGCCUAGCUAGAAUAUAG